CUGCUUCUCGUAGAUGCGACCGUGAAGAGUUGUUAAAGCAAAUUGUGGGAUUAGUUUAUGAAUGAAUCAAGUGAGAAAUGCAAUUAUCAUUUUAUUGAGCCCUGUUCUUAUUUCGUUAAUGUAGAGGUGACAUCCGGCGAACGGAGGAAAUAGGGAUCAGUGAAGGAAAAACGCAAAAAUUUCGAAGGUGCGCAAGUUUGAAGUUACCAAAGUUCUGGAAAUCUUCAGUCUUGAAGUGGAAAAAUCUGACGUUUUCAAGGGUAAAAAUAAGAAUGAACGUCAGAAGAUGGUGACUGGAAACUAUGUCAAAUCCUAGAUACUCCCCAAGACCUCAGAAGCUAUUCCUCCAGCCCGGUGUUCUUGAAGAUGAAGAAGAUGGGUUAAGUGUAAGAAGCUUUGCAGUAGGAAAUUUGCUCAGUCCUCACCCUUACAUAGAAAUAACACCAACUGCUGCCCACAAUUUAUCUAGAAUUUCCACACAGACGUCCCUCACCCAUAUAGCCAUCAAUAGAUUGGAUAGUGCGAGGCAGGAAAGGAGAACAUUCCGAAACAACACCAGCAGAAAGCUGAGAAAACGUGCAAUCUUCAAAAAUGGCGAUUGCAACAUCAUCCAGUCCAGAAUUGAGAGUAAGAAGAGGCUAAGGUUCCUCCAGGAUCUCUUCACGACCUUAGUGGACGCUCAGUGGAGAUGGACCCUCAUCGUUUUCUCCAUAGCCUUCCUAGGAUCCUGGCUUGGUUUUGGAUUGAUCUGGUGGCUCAUCUCCUUCACUCAUGGCGAUUUGGAAGAUGAACACUUACCAGACAGACAGGAGGACUCGAAUUGGACACCUUGCGUUACACAAAUCUACGAUUACACCUCGUGUUUUUUGUUCAGUAUUGAAACGCAGCACACAAUAGGUUAUGGAGGAAGAUCGACUACUGAAGAAUGCCCUGAAGCCAUUUUCAUCAUGUGCCUUCAAAGUAUAGUAGGUAUGAUGAUCCAAGCCUUCAUGACAGGUAUAGUUUUCGCUAAAAUGACUAGGCCGAAGCACAGAACUCAGACUCUUCUCUUCUCGAAGAACGCUGUGGUUUGCCAGAGAGAUGGCGCCUUAUGCCUGAUGUUCAGGGUUGGCGACAUGAGGAAAAGUCAUAUCAUUGGAGCCAACGUGAGGGCCCAAUUGAUCAGGCCGAGGAAAACGAAAGAGGGGGAGAUUCUGAACCAAUUCCAGACUGAGCUAUCUAUCACCGCUGACGGGUGUGAUGGCAACAUCUUCUUCAUAUGGCCCAUGACCAUCGUACAUACCAUAGAUAGUUCUUCUCCCUUCUAUCAUUUGUCAGCUAGCGAUUUGUUGCAGGAGAAGUUCGAAGUUGUGGUAAUGUUAGAGGGAACCAUAGAGAGUACUGGGCAGUCCACUCAAGCAAGGUCUAGCUAUUUGGCUAGCGAGAUAUUGUGGGGCCACAAAUUCGAACCUAUUGUUAACUACAACAAAGAUAGGCAAGGCUACGAGGUGAACUAUUCGAUGUUUGACAACACCCAGCCUGUAGACACGCCACUGUGUUCAGGAGCAGAAUUGUCCGAGUUUUACAAGUUGAAGGAUAUCGAUAUAAAUGGCAUGAAUGACGACUUACACACAGUGGAAAUCACUAAAGAUUGAAAAAUCGAUAUGGGAUUGGACAUUCCAAUGUAAGACAAAUACGAAAAAAGUAGAUGGUAGUGUUUUAUUUAUUUAUAUAAUUUAUUAGACAAACAUCUGUAAUUAUGAUAUGAUAAUAUGUAUAUAUUGAUGAAAAUUUUGUCUUAUUAUUCAUGGUCUUAUUCGAUUGUGAUAUUUCUUCAUUUUUAUUCUCGGCUUUUUAGAGAUGCGUUUUUAUUUAUUCGAGAAAACACUGAAUUUAGUUAUAAAUGAAUUCCUUGCA